CAUAAUACACAAAAUCUGCUAUCUAUUCUCCUGCUUCCUACUUAUGUGGUCACCAUAACUGGAAACCUUCUCAUUGUUGCAUUGGUGGCGAUUACUCUCCAGCUUCAGUCUCCCAUGUACUUUUUUCUCUCCCACCUCUCUGUGUGUGACAUCCUGAUCAGCACAAAUGUGACUCCAAAAACACUUCAAGUCCUUCUUACAGGGAGACAUCUCCUCUCGUUUUCCUCAUGUCACACACAGUUGUACUUUUUCGGGGCCUUUACUGGAACGGAAUGUUGCCUGUUGUCUGUAAUGUCUUAUGAUAGAUAUUUAGCUAUCUGUGACCCUCUACACUACUCGUUUAUUAUGAAACGCCAUCUUCCUCAGUUCUUGGCUACACUAUGCUGGUUGGUUGGAUUUUUUGUCUCUAUGAUCAUAGAGUCUUUCGUAGUUGCAUUGGACUAUUGUGGUCCAAAUGUUAUAGACCACUUUUUCUGUGACCUUACUCGUCUUCUAGAACUUUCCUGCUCUGACACCAAAAUGACUGACAUUUGUGUCACUAUCAUAGUCUCUAUAAUUGGAAUUUUUCAAGUAGUCUUUGUCAUUGUCACUUAUAUUUGUAUUUUUACCUCCAUCCUUCAGAUUUCUUCCAUCACUGGCCGCCAGAAGAUCUUCUCAACCUGUAGCUCUCAUUUGGCGGUGGUUUCUACUUAUUACGGGACGCUCAUUGCACUUUAUGUGGCACCAUCAAGUGGGCACUUUCAAACCCUUAAUAAAGUUUUAUCUCUUCUAAACACAAUCAUAACUCCUUUAUUAAACCCAAUUAUUUACAGCCUGCGAAAUAAAGAAAUACGAUCUGCCUUUAGCAAAAAUGUUCUAAGGAGAUUAAAAAGGUAA